AGAAAAUUUAAGAAAAAUUGAUAUAACUUUAACGGAAUCUUCUGAUCGAUCAGAUAGUACUUCAUCUGAAAUUCAAACUGACAAUUUAAACAGCGACUACGAAGGGGCCGACCAAAAAGAAAAAGAUAAUAUUGUAACAACAGUUCAAUUAAAUAAACACCACGAGAGAAGCGAUGCUCUCAAUGAUGAUAGGAAACCUGCAAUCGAUAAUUUCAAUAAAUUUCAAUCAACAGGAACUACAAAAAUUGUAUAAUGCUAAAAAGGAUGAUUUGGUUAGUGACAGUGGAAAUUCUACAGCAAAAGAUUCGAAAAUAAUACAAUCAUCAGUAGCUUCUAGUUUUUCUGCAACUAAAAGUAAAAUGGAAGAGAUAACACAACGAUUUCCAUUUAAUCAAUUUUCAAACGAAACAAAAUUAUUCAAGAGAAAACCAAUAGAAAGUGACGAAGGUAUUUUUGACGUAAAGUCUAAUUGCAUAAAAACUAAAAUUGAAUCGGAAAAUAAUUUGAAAAACGAGAAACCAAUAUUAUUAGAUGAUGCACGUAUUCAAGUUAUAGUUGAAAAGCAUUGCAAUUUAAUGAAAAAUAAAUUAGAAGAUACAGUUAAAACAAACCAAAACAUCUUAAAGGAAGAAUUGAUUAAAAAGAUUGAUGACUUUAUUCAUACACAACAUGAUAAUUUUGAAAAACAGAUUGAAGAACGACACAAUGAACUUUUUAUUAAAAAUGAAUUAAAAUUUAAUGACAUACUAAAAAAUGUGCAAGAAAAUACUGGAAAGUCCUUAAUUGAAGAAUAUGAUAAGAAAUAUAUUCAAAAUGUUUCAAAUAUUGAACAAAUGUAUGCAGAACACUUACAAAAAUUUAAAAAAGAUUUAGAGGACUAUACAGAUUUAUUUAAACAUAAAAUACAGUCGGAGCUUGAUGAAAUAUCGAACGAAUUAAAAAAAGAUUUCUCAAAAAAUACCGAAGUAAUAACCAAUGGGUGGAACCAAACAUUAGGAUCAUACAAACACGUCGAGUUGGAAAGCGUAAAACAAAAUUUUAAACAAACUACAGAAAAUGUUAAACGAGAUAUGGAAGAUGAAAUACGGCAGUUUCACAUAAAAUUCCAAGAAAAACUCAAAGUUUUAUCCGAAGAUAAAUUAAAUAGUGUUGCUGAGCAAUUAGAUGUAGCUUUGCGAGAAGAAAUCAAUUUAGUUAAACAACGUGUCAACGAAAAUUCUGAAUAUGAAAUAAAUAAUAAAUCUGUGAAACAUAAACCACAAUCAAAAUUAAACAAUGAUCGUGCAGAAUUGAAUUUAGAGUAUCAAACUGAAGGUUCUCAUGGGGUUAAUUAUAAAGACAUAAGAAAAAAAAUUCAACACUGUUCGAAUGAAUUAAACGAUGCUCUAAAAUUGGUUGACGUAAUAUCAUCAACAAAUGAAUACACUGCAAGAGAACAGUACUCGAAUUUAUGCCCAAACAAAUGUUCAGUUUCGUGUCAAACCGAGAAUAUAACUAAUACAUGUAAAACGCCAAGUCUAAAAGAAUAUGCGUAUCCUGGUGAGUCGUCAACGUGCUUACAAGAUGUAAACACAAAAUACGCUAAUUAUUUGGGCCAAGCAAAGAUAUCCGAAGAUCUAUGUUCCAACUACUUAACAUCAUAUUCUCAACAACUUAAUUACAGCCCAUUACAUAUUUUAAGCCAGCAAGAAUUAAAAGUGAAGGCUGCAGAACAAAAUUUAUGUCGUUUGAUCGAUAAAUUCAACAAUUUCGAGCACGAGAAUAUCAUCAAUAAUAUUCCUAUUAAUACUAAUAUUUCUGAUGAAUACAAGUUUACCAAUAUUUAUCAAGCGCUAACACCAAAACAAAUAGCAUACAAUCGGACGAAACAUUUAAGAGAAUGGCUUUACAAUACAGACUUAAAAAAUAAAAAUAAUUGAAUUCUACAGUAUUAGGUAUAAGUUACUUUUAAGAUGUGACUUAAGUAUAGUUAUUAGUUAUAAGUUGUAACUUAUAACGUAUUGUUUACAAUUACUAACAACAAUAAAAAUAGUAAUAUAUAGUAUACAAUAUACCUACCUACGUUAUA